UGCUCGGCAGCGCGCCUAUCCUCAAACUGCCGUCUGCUCAUGCUACUAAUCGGAGGGCUCCGUCUGACUACGAGCUUCUUGCUCGAACGAUACAGACUUCCUCCGUUCAUGCUACUCUGUUGUUCGGUGACCUCGCAACUUGUACCGUAUACUGCACGGCUAUUCGUCAAGAACGCGAGCUUUACUUGGCUUUCUCUACCUGACCGCGCGCAGCAACGCAAGGCCAUUAUCCCCUCGUUGGCUAGGUUCGCCUGACAAGUAAGCUCAGGCUUCGCGCAAAUCACUAGGAGACCGAGUAUUCAGGUCGAAGCCGUUACAGCGGCCAUGCGCGCUCCGCGGAAGGACCUCAUGCUUCAUCUCACCUGGCUUAAGUAGACGUUGGGAUCCGUUGCGAGCCUGACUGAGCUCCACUGCUCUUCGUCUUGGCCCCUCACCUCACCUCAUCGCUCGAGCCUUGUCCGUGUACACCAUACUCCAUCUUCCACACCGAGCAUGUCGACCUCGAACAGCCACCCUCGCGGUGCCUCACCGACCUCCUUCCCCGCCACUCCCGCGUCGAAGGCGCCUUCUUCCGCGGAUGGCGAUCCCAACACCUUCAUCCGCACGCUGCGUACGUCGCCGGAGGUGGAGGCGAGCCUCGAGAGCAUCGCGGGUAACGUCCCGGAGGCGGACAAGCGGAUCUGCGCGAAUGCGCUCGCCUUCUUCGUGAGCACGCCCGCGCGGUCGUAUGGCGCGGAUGUCGGUCGGCGCUUGAAGAUUCGGGAGAUGAGCCUCAGCGAAAGCCCUCCUCGGUGCGAGGUGGUGCUGGAGAUUGAGGUGACGAGAGACAUGUGCAAUGUCUACGAGACGCUGCACGGCGCGUGCGCAGCAUACAUCGUCGACCCGUGCUCCGUGGCGUCACUCAUCGGGCUCGGAUUAGCGGUCGGCGUCGACGGCACGGGCGUAUCGCAGAGCAUGAAUCUGACGUGGCACGAGCCCGCGCCUCUGGGUACCACGCUGCGCGUCGUCUCGACUUCCAUCUCUGUUCAAGGGCGUAUACGGACCGCGCGGUGCGAGAUAUGGGAUCGCGAAUGCAAGAAGCUCUUCAUCUCCGCCGUCCAUAGCACCGUCAAACCUUCGCCCUCGCGAGGUAUGAAGCUAUAG